GAGUGGUUGGCUUCGGGCGUCUCCGAGGGCCGUGGGGAGCUCGCGCGAGCCGCCGCCAGGGCCUUGCGGCCGCCGCGCCACCCCCGGCUCACGCUUUCCCCUUCGGUGUCCGCCAUGGCGGCGCGUCCGUUCGCCGCCGGCCUCUGCACGCCGCGGCCCCGGCUCCCCAGAGCGAUGAGGCGGUAGUGGCGCCUCGCGGCCCGCUCCUCCGGAGACUCGGUCGCCCCGGCUCGGGGGCAGGUCCCCGCCGCCGCGGCGGUCCGCCCCCGCACCGCCCAGUCCCGCCCCCUGGGGGCGCUGCCCUCGGGCGCCCGCCACCCAUGCCGCCCAGCCGCUCCGCUGCCCGCCGCUGAGCCCGCGUCCACCCUCCAGCUCCCAAGAUGUGGCACAACGUGGGGCUGACUCUGCUGGUGUUCGUGGCCACGCUGCUGAUCGUCCUGCUGCUGAUGGUGUGCGGUUGGUAUUUUGUAUGGCAUCUCUUUUUAUCUAAAUUCAAGUUUCUACGGGAACUGGUGGGAGACACAGGAUCCCAGGAAGGAGAUCAUGAGCCUUCAGGGUCUGAAACGGAAGAGGAUCCUUCAGCUUCACCACACAGGAUCAGAUCUGCUCGUCAGAGGAGGGCACCCGCUGAUGAAGGCCACUGACCAGACACCUGCCAUACUAGAAUAUGGUCUAAGGCAGUUAUGAGCCUCUGUCUUUAGUGACCUAGCUUUGAAAGUUACUAAGUGACUGAGGAACAUUUGUAAUUGGAUUUAUAUCCAGUUCAAAAAAGAUUUACAUGUAAGCCAUAUAGAAAUAAAGGGAAUUUAAAUCAAAUUGGACCAUUACAGAUUUCAUCUUGGAUAUUUUGCUUCACUGGGUCUACUUAACACACUUACUCUUUGGCUUAUUUUUUUUUGCACUGGUGUAAAUCUGUAAACAUUUUAGGCUUGAAAAAACAUGUUAUUAGUCAUAAAAUGUACCCUUUUCUUGACACUUUGACUUGUCAUAAAUCGGGGAGCAUCUCAUUACUGUCAACUAGGUGAUGGUCUUGUCAUUAUUCCAGCUCAUGCAUGUGUGAAUUUGCAGCUUGUUACAAUGUCAUUACCUCAGCUGAUGUGGAUAUUGUUGGUAUCAAAUAUAUCGGGUUUAAUUGGCAUUUUUACAAUGUCUUCAAAAAGUCCUAUGACUUGGCAUUGAAACGGAAGGUUGUUGUAUAUGCAGAAAACCGUGUAGAAAGCAGUGGAGCGUGUUUGAUGUGAACGAUGCCAACAUUUGCUGCCGGAGAAAUGAUCCCAAUUCUGUAUUCCCUUGCAAAGAAACAACAAAAUGCUUUCCAGGACUUAAGAAAGGAAGAUACCCACAAGUUGAUGAAGCUAUGCUGCAUUUUGUCAGUGGGGCACUUGCAGACGAAGGCAGGAGAAAUUGCCAAAAAUCCUCAAAUGAUCUAUCACAAUUCAAAGCAAGGAGAGACUGGUGUGGCUACUUCAUGGAGAGGACUGCCAUUAAGACAUCAAACGUUUUAUCCAAAGCUGCCUGCUGGUGUUAGACGGAAGGCAGUGGUAGGCACCCCUUCAGGAAAUGCCAAAUUGCCAGUACUCUUGACAUGCUUGGGAAAAUAUGCAGGUCCCUAUGACUAAUUUGAAAAAUGGUUUGGAAGAAGGGGACUCGGAAUGUGAAGUUAUAGUUAUAACUUAACCAGUUUAUUUCACACAUUCUUUACAUAGGCACAAGAUUUAUGUGAUAAAAAUAUUUUAGAACAGGAAUAAAUACAAAAUAAAACAUUUUUCUGUGAUACAAGGCAUAUGCCAUAGCUUAAUGGGCAGUGUUUUUUUUUUCUUAGAGAUACAUAUGGUGCAUCUUAACAGUUGAUGGUCACCUAGAUUAAGUAAAAGUGAUAAUUUGUAAAUUUACUUUUCAAGAUAGCAAUUAUUUAUUGGAGAACUUAAUUAUAAGUCUUACAGUGUUAACAAUUAUUUUCUAUGAAAUACUUCUGGGGUAAAUCUAUUGGGGGUUUUAGAGUUGUAGUUAGGAAUCUAAGAACUGUCUUCUCCUUUAGGGAGAGAGAUUGGUCCCCCCUUUAUAUGGGGACCGUAUGUUCUGGGCUUGUGUUGUGGAGAAAAUACUUCAGACCUCAAAGAGUACUAGGGCUUGAAAGAGUAGUGGUGGAAAAAAGUGCUUACCUGUAUAAAAUUCCUCUUGCCAGGAGUCCAUGUUUGUUUUAACUGAACUUUGGACUGUUUACUAGAGAAGAGAGAUGGAUUCAUGAACCUUCUAGUGUCUGCUCUAUACAGAAAUGAACUGCAAAGCCAUGUUACCUUCCUGGUUCUUGUCAUUCAUGGCUGUGUUUAAUCUUGUUUGAUACCUCAUUCUUCAUCCUGGCAGAUUUUGUCUAUUCAUUGUCUACAGGCACUAUCCCAAGUUGAGUCCCUAAAGAACUGUUUGUAGACACCAUAGCCCUUUGGGCACAUCGUAAGAAAAGUUAUAGAGGACAGCCUUCAUUUAGACAUUUUCUCGGGAAGAUGCCCAACAGCUGAGAGUUGGGUGCAAUUGUUCUGUCUUCUUCUGGGGCAUAAUGUGACCAGAAGGCAUAAAGAACAGUGACAUUGUUUCUAGCAUUGAUUUUUAAUAUUUCUUAUAUUAACUAAAUAUCACUAAACGGGUCAAGAUAUGCCAUAAGGCAUCUUGGUACCGGGAGGUUGUUUACAUUAGAUUUUUUUUUUAUAAUCUAAUGUGAGCUCCAGUUUUGUUUUUUUUUGCUUAUGUUUUACAGUGGGUAUCUAAGGUUUCUAUAGCAAUAGGAAAACCUUGAAGCUGCAGGUGAGCGCUCUGUUGUGUCAGUAUUAAAGAACAGUGGCUGAUGUAAUCACCCCCCCCAACCUAGAACCAGGCCCAAUCUAAUCUCUGUAAAGAUACAUACAGGGCAUAAUUUAUUGGUAUUUAUGUUUCCAGCAUAUCCUAUAAAAACUUUAAUAAAAACUGUGCUUGGCUGGAGAAAUAAUACUGUAUGGUAUAACAGCUUAUACUUGUGUGUUUUAACUUAAGAAUGCAAAGACAUUUUGGAUGCCAGUAUGAAGAGUCUUAAGGCACAGUCCUUUGUGUAAAAUAGGUUUCAUGGAUCUCCUUUACCCCACCAGGAGAGAGAGGAGAAACUGUUGCCCCUCCAGGAUUCCUGUGUGCUGUGGGUUUCUGUCCCGUUUCCUGUCUUGAAUGCUUUUGUAGCUUUUUUCAACUGUCAUACCUGUAUUCUCAGGUUCUCAGUGCAAGGGGUGUGCUCACCUUCAAAGUUUAAAGACACAACAUACAAACACUAGAGUCUUGCCUGAUGACAUCAUCUCUUUUAGGGUUGCUUAGAAACUUGAGGACUCAGGUAGAUUGUUGCAGUUCCUUUGCAGCCAGCCCUGCCCAAAUCUGUAGUUAGCCUCUGAAGGAAUGUGUGUGUGUGCCCAUAUGGUGGCAUGGCUCAGAUUUAAAUGCCAAAACACUAAAGAUUUGUAUAAGUUAGCUGGGGCGUUAAACCCACACCCGAAGAUAGCUUUCGAACUGAAUGGCUUCACACAGUGGAAGUAGAUACUUGGUAGCUGUUUCAUGGACAUGUUGACUGCUUUGUUUAGACUAGACUUAAGAACCAUUUCAAAAUGGUAUUUUGCUAAAAGUUUGGAGUGUGCAUGUGCUGACAUCUAAAACAUGAUGGAUGGGAAGUAGAACAUGUUUUGUGUUAAGAGGAACGAUGUUUGAAGUUACUGAGUCCACAGUGCAAUGUUUUAAAGUCAGUUUUCCUCAGAAGGUGUCUGACUGUGACUGGUAACCAGUGUAAUUGCUGACCUUGACUGGUAAACUAAGUGCUUUUAGUUUUGAAGUUGACUUCUUAAAGCCAAUGAGCAGUCCUCCUAGCCCCGAAGAGCUCAGGCGACUGUAGGAUGGCGUUGGGUUAUAGAGUUUAGAAUUAAAUCACCUUGUAUUGUCUGCUGUUAAAGUGUCCCAGAGUUUGAAACUUGUAACAAGUUACAUUUUUACCCUGUAUUAGUAGAAACUGCAUCUCCAUUUUUCAGCACACACUCCUUGUUGAGGACUGUCUAGCAUUAACCUCCACCCCAGUUCUAUGCAUAACCAUUCACCAAAUGCUGCUGCUGUGGUUUCUCACAGGAGCCCUUCUGUCCUGUGCUGUGAUGCAUUGUCAUCCUGCUGCUUGACAAAUAUGUUGUAAGGAAUUAGAACUGUGUGUGUUAAUAGUACCUUUAUAUAACAAGAUGUAAAAUACAGAUGAGGGAUAUGCAAAUGAGUGAUGUUCCUGUCUUAGGCUAUCUAAAGCUUCUUGCACAAAAUAAAUGAAAAUGAAAAUAA